AUGGAGGAAUCUGGUAACAUCCUACGCGUGGCUGUUUUCGAGAGACAUCCAUUUGUGGUAAAAGCAUCUAGCCCUAUAGGAAAUGAGUGGGUUGGAUUCUGCAUCAGUCUUUUGGAAGAGUUGUCCAAGAUUAUGAACUUCAACUACGAACUGUACGAAACUCCGGAUGGGAUUUCCGGAAACGAAUUGCCUGACGGGACCUGGUCAGGGGUCAUUGGUGAACUAACUUCCGGGAAGGCUGACCUGGCCGUCUCGGCAUUGUCCAUUACGUCACUGCGGGAGAAAGCAGUGGACUUCACCAAACCGUUCAUGGAGUACGGCAAUGUACUGGUAAUGCGCAAACCAUCGGAACAGGAUAGGGACUUGCUCGCCUUUGUGCACCCUUUCCAGUGGAAGGUGUGGCUGUGUAUCGCAGUCAGCAUGUUCACGGUGGGGAUCCUGCUGUUCCUGACCAGCAGACUCAGGCUGAAGAUGAACGCCGGGGACAGACAUGCCGACAACGACAGGGCCUUCAACCUCAGGAACAGCCUCUGGUUCGUCUACUGGUCCAUGAUGCGGAAAGGUGAGCUCUCAUUUUUUGUUGACAGCAAAUUUGAGCUUCUGGUGCUUUAUAGGACACUCUUCUUCAAAUAA